CUUCUCUCCCCCCCCACCUCCUCUGGAGGCUGCGCACGCGCCCUGAGUUGCCUAUUGGCUUUUGCCAUUGGUCGACCAAAAGCGACGCUAUUGCUGUGUCUUCCACCUUCAUACCCGGCUGUAUGAGUGGCAAUGGCUGGCGUGCUGAAGAAGACUACUGGACUUGUGGGGCUUGCUGUCAAUGAAGCUCCGCAUGAUCGCCUGAGGAUAUUGUAUACAAAAAUUUUUGCUGCUCUGCAGAACGUGCCCAGAGAUGCUGCCUACAGGAUCUAUACAGAGAAAAUUGUAAAUGAGCGAUUUGAUCUGGUAAAAACAGAGCCUGAUGUGCAGAAACUAGAAAACAAAAUAAAUUGUGGACAGAUAGAAGAAGUGAUUUUGCAGGCUGAAAGUGAGCUCUCUCUAGCCCGGAAAAUGGUGCAGUGGCGGCCAUGGGAGCCAUUAGUUGAAGAACCGCCUGCUGAUCAGUGGAAGUGGCCAGUCUAGUCUGUACUGUUUGUAAAUUCUGGAAUAGAAGAAUACUUCAUUAAAUGUAUGCUGGAUGUGGAUGAAAAUAAUCUUUAAAUAUAAUGCUACUUAUAAUA